AUGACAGUACACGGCGAACAAGUCAGACUUUUUAACAAACACAAAGCGGAUUUAAGGGCUGUUGCAGCCCUACCUUCCCGUAAAGUCACUUUGUGGGCUAAAGAAACUACGGUUAUACCUCCCCAUCAUUUAGGUCAUAUCACACUACAUAGUGAUCAAAAGAGUGGCGACAUUUUUGUUGACUUGCAGCAUAGACCGUGGCCUUCCCAAUUUCAUGUCAUUCCUCGUUGUAUCCUGAAUCUAGAUGAAGACUCUGUUCUACCAAUUUUCAAUGGUUCAGACAAACCAGUGGAGUAUUUGAAAGGUGCCGUGGUGGCCAGAGGUUUCAAUUGCCAUGAAGUGCAAGAUUUACCAUAUUUAGAGUGCUUAGCUACUUCUACUUCUAUUAUACGUAAAUUGACAUUUGAAGACGUCAAUGUCAAUGAAAUUCUGAGUGCUGAAUACACGGAACAAUUACUGGAUAUUCUUAAUCAAUAUCCCGAAUGUUUUGCCAACAGCAUUGAGCAACUAGGUGAAAGUACCACCACGAAAAUGACCAUAAAAUUAGCCGACGAUGUUCCUAUAACAUACAGACCCUAUCGACUCUCCUACUCAGAACGUGGAAAAGUACGUGACGUAGUACAAGAACUUUUAGAUAAUGACAUUAUCCGUGAAUCUAAUUCACCAUACGCAAGCCCGAUACUACUAGUCAAGAAGAAAAAUGGAGAUGAACUAUAG